CCUCCACCAGGUGUGUGAUUGGCCAGCCAAUUAGACAGCAAUGGCCGCUCCAAGUAUAUGUAAGCUGCAGCCUUGAGGAGCCUCGGCCCAGUGCUAACAACAAAACAAGAAGACUCAUACCAGGCGUGAUGUAUCGGCAAGCACCUGUGUUGUGUCUCCUUCUGAUUCUAAUGUGUCAUGGAGGAACUAUUGAAACCGAAUCUUCUCAUGUGGGCCAUAAAGGACGACUUCACUUAAGUAAUGUUUUAUCUCAGAUGGGACCAGCAUGGCACGGCUCGCUUGAAUUCAGUUGGGAUAAAACGACUGAAUUGAAGCCCACUACUGUGUUUGACGGAUUACUGGACGCCAAACUGAAACGCAUGAAUCCCUCGGUGCAAUGUAGCGACAACGCCAUGACGCUGAGGGUCACGCGGGCCAGAGUGCCUCAUUUUCUUGUGGAUAGUGGUGAGGGAACUCUCAUUCCAGUCUCUAAAAUGCCAUCCGAAUGUGGAUUCUCCUUGAGGAGGUCCCGGAGAGAUGUGCUCUUGGAUGCUCCUUACCAGGGAUGUUACGUCACGCGACAAGGUGGUGACUAUGUUCUGCCACUUCGUCUGUGGGGGGCCCCAAUGACCAUGUCCUGCCCUGCCACGUCAAGGCUACCCUCAGUUUCCUGUUUCCCUGCCGGAAUGGUGGUCAAGCUCAGUGGCGUAACAGAAAAUGACGUGAAAGUCAAAGUGUCUGACACAUGGAGGUUCCUUUCGUCGAUGUGCAACACUUGUGGUUUGGCCAUAGAAGUGUUCCCUGGAGGGCUGUCCCUCACUGCCCCCUAUCACAAAGGCUUGUGCAUAACGACUAAGGAUGAUGUGCAUUCUCUAUCGCUUCUUCUGACUGAUGUUGAGCUGUCGGCCUCGUGCCCUUCCGUAGCUGAGAACAAGCAAACAACUGCAACGACGCCCUCCAGUGAUGACCCCCGGUUGGCGUCGAGUCCCGUGGCGCUCUCGCACGCGUUGCCGCGCUCUGCGUUACAUGCUGCUCCACAUUCCUGGAUAAACACACAGCACCAAGGAGUGCCUGCGUCGAUGUCUGAGAUGUCGCCUCACUACUUCUGGUUUGCAACGUUAGCUCCACUCAAAAACCCUGGAGCUCACCCUGCCUUAUUGCAACCACAUUACGGCUUCCCUUAUGUACCACAGUUCCAUAUAGCACCUUGGCUAGCACCCUCUCCUGCGCCUCCUUUAACAACAACAACCACUACUACUACAACAGCAGCGGCUAUGCUAACCACAGAAGCCCCCACUCAACAUAACCAAAAACCACUUCCACAACAGCCACAUGUCCAAAUUCAAACUGUCGGUGAUCCUGACAAGACCCGCCCGGAGCUGACUGUGCCGCAUGUGUACCCCCGUGCUUAUCGUAUCCCUGUUUUGUACCCCCCAGGGAAAUAUUUCUCUCGCCAACAAAACAAGCCCUUUUACUAUCCACCGCCUUAUAUGCCGCUAUACUAUCCCCCUCCCCAGAAGAUGCAUGAAUUUGCAGCGCCUCCGGCCAACCAUCCCUCAUAGACUAAGAGCUCGAGUCCAGUGACAUGCUCACGCAAUCCCGUUCUCAUCAGAAGUCGCGCAGAAGCUGGUGACGAGUGACGCAUCCCGGGAAGGUCACAGUCAGAUGCUUUUUUUCUUUUUUGAGCAUUAUACUUAACAAGAUGGACUCUUGGAAAACCUGGGAAAUAAAAGGCGAUUCUUGAUUCCA